AACAAUAAUCCAAUCUUUUCAAAGUGAAGACUAAAGAUCAAACUUGAAUAUAACAAAAAUGGGAGAGGGGGGAAAGAGUGGACGCUGCUUUAGUGUUACAUCUAUUUUUUGUAUGUUUUUGAUGGUGGGGUUAGAUGUCGUCGCUGGUUUCGUGGCAAUGCAAGCCGAAAUCGCCCAAGAAGAGGUGAAUUUACUCGAGUGUACAUCUCCAAGCAAAAAAGCUUUCGUGAGAGGGUUAAUAGCAUUAGGAUGUUUGUUAGCAGCUCAUUUCAUCGCUGUUAUGAUAGGAUGCGUUAUCAUCUCCAAUAUAGUCACAAUAAUUUACGUACCUAAGAUCACGAAACACAUCCACACGGCCUGUAUUUAUCUCACUUGGAUCAUAGCAACUGCAGGAGCGGGGAUGCUUACGAUGGGCAUCUGGAUGAAUAGAGAGUCAAGAUCAAAAUGUGGAUUCACAAACAAACCUAUCCUGUUUUUAGGAGGCGAAGUGUGUUUUCUUCAUGCCAUUGUCUCUGUCAUUAUGUAUGUAGCAAAUGUCAUCUCUAGAUCUUCUUUAGUUACUUUUUAAAAAGAUAUUUUUUUUUAAAAAAAGAUAUUUUAUUUUAUUUUUUUC